AUGAUUCAUUUGCGAAGGAGUAGUGAAGAAUCCAAUCCAUUAUGUACUGUAUUCCAGAUAAGUCUCAAAGCACAAUUACAAGCAAAAAAUGGAAAUGUAAAGUUUCAGGUGCUUUUGGAAGGAUGUUUUGGUCAUAUUGGAACAACUCCAGCAGAGCGGAAAUGUUCUUCCAAAGUGAUUGCUGAGUUUGAAGAGAACCAAACAUACUCAAUCGGUUUGAAACCUAUUGAACGCACCAGUGAUUCGUUACCGUCCUCAAAUACAGUAUUUUGUGGUUUCGGGACGAAGCUAAGACCUGACGGUAAUAGUGGAAUCAUGGACAUGAAUCGUCUUUUGCAACGGACGAUGAUUCUGUCAACGGAUACUGAUUUCACGACGAACAGGAUUUUACAACGUGUUCCGAUGAAUUUGAUGAACGGUUCUACCCAAGGGCUGGUGUCAACUAACACAACCGAAGGCAUGCCCAGCUCUUCGUCAUCUCUGUCGGUGUUUUCAGCUACAACACUAACAGCUCGGAACAGUUCUAAGACACUCAAAUGUCCAAAAUGCAACUGGCAUUACAAAUAUCAAGAAACAUUAGAAAUUCAUAUGAAGGAAAAACAUGCGGGUCAUGAGGUAAAAUGCAUUUUCUGCUUGCAUAAUCGACCGCAUCCUCGACUGGCCCGUGGUGAAAGCUAUUCAUGCGGCUACAAACCAUAUCGUUGCGAAAUAUGCAAAUAUAGUACUACAACGAAGGGUAAUUUGAGCAUACAUAUGCAAAGUGAUAAGCACUUGCAUGCAGUUCAAGAAAUGCCACCUACAAUUACAGGUAAUACAAUAGCAAUUUCAAGUGGUGAUUUGAAUACCGAGAAUUUACUCCAAUGCAUGAUUUGCUCUACGUAUUCGACUGAUAAUAUUUCCAAAAUGAUCGAACAUAUCGAGAAAGACCGAAGUCAUCCGGUGAUUGGAGAUAUCUCUGUGAUACAUGGUGUUUAUCAUUGUAACCUAUGUCCGUAUAGUACUAGCCUGAAGGCAAAUUUCCAGCUGCAUACAAGGACUGAUAAGCAUGUGCAGCGAACACAGAUGAUGAAUCAUAUACGUGAGGGUGGUACCGCUGGAAUAUCAUUAUCAGCGUCGUCAGCACUGUGUCGGAUUAGUUCUGCCAAAAGUGCUGUACAGGUUCGUUGUCGCGCAUGUCAGGAAAUUUUAUCAUGUCCGUUUGCACUACGUGAACAUUGUGAGAGUCGUGCACAUUCUCUCCGAAUAACGCAACUUGCAUCAAUGUCCAGUAAGGCUGGAAGCGCUCCGGCCGGUAGUUCUGCACCAACGUCAACGAUGUCGAUGUCACCGAGUCCUGAAACUGUUCUCGAAUGUCGACACUGUUCUUUUGAGACAAGCGAUACUUCCGGUGCUAUCAAACAUAUGCAGGAACAUCCACCAAAUGUGGAAAGUACUGGAACAGAACAGGAAACUUUGAAUCUCGAAGCUAGUUGCGGUAAAUGUUUUCUACAUUAG